GGACACCCUUGGCAGUCUGGCCACGGAGGUCCUGGCACUCAUCGUGGUUGGCCUGGCAAUCGCUGGUUGGAGCUGGCGGGACCUCUCCAGUCAACCAGUUUCAUCCGAAGACAGGACGUUACUCGGCUCCGCAGGCGCGGAGUUGGACCAGCCAUGUGGCGAGCACCUUUCAGGACAGGCCGACACAGGUCCAGCCCAGCGCGCCUCCCUUGGAGCCUGGAUUUGAGCCGACAGCGCAACAGGCCCUUCACCAGCUGGAUUGAAAAGGGGGGGCGGGUGGCGCGUACAGCGUACGGCUGUGGGGUUGGUAUGAUUGGCAGUAUCCUUCAACUGAAGGUGGACAAACACAGGCUUUGCAGAUCAAAGGGGUCGUUGGAGGGGUCCGCGCUGGGGAAGCAGCUACAAGGUUUUGGUUCAAUAGUCUGACGCUUCACAUGAUUCUCGUUUGGCGGGUUAAGCUUUAGCAUUUCUUUUUUGGAGUUGUAGUCGAAGCCAAAGCCCGUUUGUUGCUCAUACCAGAAUCGAAGCAGUUGUUCAUCUUGUUACCUCUUGGUUAUAUCAAAGCGAGUACAACAAUGUGCAUGACAAGGAGCAUCAAGCAACUUGUUUAGAUUGCGUCAAAAGCAGCAGCUUUGACAUCAUAAUUAUCCAAGAGGUGCCCCCUUUGUCACGGGCCCGCAAUGCUUCCAUGCGCGAUGGUUCGUACACGUGCGAGCGUUUGUGUGUGUGUGCUAUCCUGUGAAAAGGGAUUUUGACUAGUAGCAAAUAGCUACUAGUAGCGUCCUUGCUCCUAGUAGCGAUGCCCUUUGUUCCUAGUAGCUUCUUGCUCCCAGUAGCGAUGGAUGCCAGGAGCCCCUAGUAGCGUCCGAUCGCUCCUAUUGGUUGCCUGACCUCUCGCAGAUUGGCUCAAAGAUGGAACAUUUGGCGGUCAGAAAUGCGCCACAUGUUGCCCGCUCCAGCCAAAAGCUGAGGAGGACGGGCGCAUUGAGCGCUGCGGUAUCCACGAUAUGCCUGAGCUCUGUCCGGUGUUGGACGCCCCAGAGCAUGGCGCCAUCAAGGUGGAAGGCACUCCACACACCGAGGCCGGAUGAGGGCUGAUCCAUUGCAGGCUGCCUCACCGCAGCUUCAGGAGACGAGGGUGAUCGACCGCCUGCCGAGCAGUUUGGCUGCGGUGGGUCGCUUGGGGUCCUCCGCCCCUGUGGCCGUUCGGGUCACGCAGGCCGUCCAUGCAGUUGAUACUCGUGGGCCACCCCAAGCUGCAAUCUCAGUAGUGGUCUCCAGCAAAGAGAAGUCAGGCCACUUCUCUCGAGGAGUGCUUGACCGAAUCAAGAUGCGUCUUGAAGGACAGGGAACCUACGCAGUUGCUCGAUGGUCGUGAACAUGGGCAUCCGCUUGUUGAGCGGCAAUUCACCCGACAUGCUCAGAGAGGCUUGGGCGCCAGUCGCCUGCGCUUACUCUUGUGCCCUGGCGACCUGUGUCCUCAGUGGGGUCUAUGCCACGGUCAUUUUUACGUUGACCAAGAUGUAUUCCAUGACCGUGAUCGGCAACUAUAAGGAUGCUCAAUUUGCGGAGUUCUUCCAAGAGACUCAGAAAUAUCGCGAAGCAGGAUUCUGGGCCUUUUGCGCGUCCCUGGGGAGUUUUGCGUUCGCCUUUGUGACCUUCUUCCUUCUAAAGAUCCGAGGAUGGCCUGGCAUCACAGGUUUCACCCUGGGAGUGGCCAUCGCGGUGAAGGCAAUGCUGGACUUCCGCGGCAUUUACCGGCGUGCAGGGAACAUACUCCGAUGAUGCCUGAGACACAGCCCGCUUCGUGCGCACAUGCGAGGAUCUGACCGGUUUUUCCACCGACAUCUCUAGAUGUCCAUGUCUACCGAAGAUCCAUCUGAAUUUGGGGCCUUGAGGCCUUGAGGCCUUGACCACCCCUUCCAAGCACGCGCUCUCUAGUGCAAAAGAACGUUAUUAUGUUUCU